UCACACCCACCAAUGCAGGUUAGCCAUGACCAACCAAGCCGUGCUUAUUUCUAGGGUUGGGUUCGGUUGGUUUGUACUGGUCUAACAGAACUUGCCUCUCACCGCCAUUCCCAUAAAACACCACAAGGAAGAAGGAGAGAGAGAGAGAGAGAAAGAGAGAGAACAACAACAACAACAACAACAACAACAACAACAACAUGGAUUCACUUGUUAGAAUAAAACCCAACUUCUUAUUCUUCUUCUUCUUCUUUUCAUUCCUUGCGGUGGUUCCAUCGCUGCGAGCCAACAUCGGUGAAUUCGACGAUUUCUGGCAGAAACGGGCACAAGAAUCAAGGGCAGCUACAAUCAAUGCCUUCAAUCCAAAUCCUCAAGAAAUCUCCGAUGAUCUCUUUGGCGAGGUCAAAGCGGCGUUGCAGGGAAAUAGCACAAGGAGGCACUUGAAAAAGUACACGGGCAAAUGCAUGGCAACGAACCCCAUAGACAGGUGCUGGAGGUGCCAGGCAGACUGGGCCAGGCACCGGAAGAAGCUAUCCAGAUGCGUACUCGGGUUUGGACGCAGAACCAUAGGUGGGAGGAAUGGGAAGAUCUACGUGGUAACAGAUGCUUCGGAUAAUGAUCUGGUGAACCCAAAGAAGGGAACGCUGAGGUGGGGAGUCAUCCAAGAUGUACCGUUGUGGAUUAUAUUUGCCAGAGACAUGAUUAUUAGACUGAAUGAAGAACUGAUAGUUAACAGCCACAAGACUAUUGAUGGACGUGGGGCCAACGUCCACAUCGCUGGUGGGGCCGGCAUCACUAUCCAACAUGUCCAAAACGUUAUCAUCCAUGGCCUCCACAUCCAUGACGUCAAGACCGGCAGUGGUGGGAUGAUCAGGGACUCUAUCAACCAUUAUGGUUAUAGGACCAAAAGCGAUGGCGACGGAAUCUCCAUUUUCGGCUCUACUAAUGUAUGGAUUGAUCAUAUCUCUAUGUCCAACUGCAUGGAUGGACUCAUCGACACUAUCAUGGGAUCCACGGCCGUUACACUCUCCAACAACCACAUGACUCACCAUAAUGAUGUUAUGUUGAUGGGUGCAAGUAAACUGCAUACGAUGGAUGUACUCAUGCAAGUCACAGUCGCAUUCAACCACUUCGGAAGGGGUCUUGUGCAGAGGAUGCCUCGGUGUCGAUACGGAUUCUUCCAUGUGCUAAAUAAUGAUUACACUCAUUGGCUCAUGUAUGCUAUCGGUGGUAGCCAAAAUCCUACCAUCAUUAGCCAAGGCAACCGGUUCAUUGCUCCCCCCGACAUUAAUGCCAAGGAGGUGACUCAUAGGGAGGAAGGGGACUGGAAGAACUGGCAGUGGAGAUCUGAAGGAGAUCAGAUGAUGAAUGGGGCCUACUUCGUGCAAUCUGGCCAACCUAGACUCAAGAGGGGUUAUUCAAGGCAUGACAUGAUCAAUGCCAAGCCUGGGUCAUUUGUGAAGAGGCUCACACGCUUUGCUGGGGCCCUCAAUUGCAGGAAGAACUUUGAAUGCUGAGCUAAGUUGGAGGAGUUCACGUUGGAUUGCAU